UCCCAAGUUUCGUAUCAUUAGUACAUGCAAUGUCCACAAGAAGGCACUGUCAAUUGAAAACGCGAUAGGCGUGCGUGUGUGCGUUUGUCGCUGGUGCUGACGCACGAUCGGCAUACACAACACCGUCGUGACGCGACGUCGACGUACCGUAAUCGCGUGCAACCGCAGCAACAAAAUCGUUCCGAUUUUCGCGAUUAUUCUACGGGGACGUGUUUCAAUUCCCCGAACGGGCAACGAAACUUUUGUCAAUUGACAAACGUCACGGUUCCACGUGGACGAUUCCCCUGUUAUCAAGCUCUCUGUACAUCGAUGGGUCUCAGUGACUUCAUAGGAAUGCAAUCGACCCGGUCGAGGCCCUCUUCGAUCUGACAGAUCGCCAUGCCAUCAUGAAUGCCACGGACAGCAACAGCGGCGUCAACGGCAACGACAGCAACAACACGAUCGCGGCCAAGACGAACGCGCACGGCAACAGUAUUCGUUUGCAGAGCGUGAUCGGCAAGCAGAGCAGCUGCGUGCGCAAGAUGAGCACGAUGCCGGAGGAGGAGGAUGCCUCGGACGAUAUGGAUCCUGACGUGAUAAGGAUAGGGCACCAGCAUCAUUACCAGCAUCAUCACGACGCCGAUUCGGAUUCCCCUGUCGAGGAAAGGGGCCGUUUGCUGAGCAUCACCGAUUCGACCCAUCAUCGAAAGAUCGCCAUUACUCCCUCGAGCUCGAGCAACCUCCACCACUGUAACGGUUUGAAGAAGGCCAUCCCCCGUAACGACAGCGGGAACAGCAUCCACGAGAGAGCGUACUCCCGCCUCCAACAAUCGAGAUCCGGGGAUCAGGUCGGUCAACCGGAGGCGAGGCUAUUGCAUCGUGACAAUCCUCAGGGUAUACUCAGAUCGUCCGCUCGGGGAAUCGACUCGCACGGUGGUGGACGAUAUCGUUGCUCGAGCGUGAGAUCGGUGAAAUCUAAUCCGACGAUGGAUGAACACCAUCACCAGUAUCAUCCACCGGCGGCCAGCUGGGCAUCGAUCGUGUUCUCGGACGGAAACGGGCAAACCCACGUCCGCACGCUUCCCGAUUCCGUCUCUAUACGCUCUCUAGCAUCGAUCGGCAUGGGCUCUUCAAACGGGCGGAAGCUCACUAUACGUAGAGUUCUCACUUCGCCGUCGGAGCUGCUUAACAUGGUACAUCCGCCGCCAUCAUUCGAAGAUGACUUGUCCGUAUGUACCAGCUUCGACGAUGCUGAAGAUGACGCUCAGGACCCAGGAGACUACAGACAAUCUAGACGACCACAUUGGGCCAACAAAAUGCAAUUUGUCCUUGCUUGUAUCGGUUACUCUGUUGGCCUCGGUAAUAUUUGGAGGUUUCCUUACCUUUGUUACAAAAGUGGCGGUGGUGUGUUCUUGGUACCUUACUUCUUAAUACUUAUAGUAUGUGGAGUACCAUUAUUGUAUAUGGAACUUAGUAUUGGACAAUUUACACGAAGAGGACCUAUCGGUGCUCUUGGUCAAAUCUGUCCCUUAUUUAAAGGAGCUGGCUUGUCUUCGGUAGUAAUAUCAUUUUUGAUGUCGACUUACCAUAACGUCAUAAUAGCCUACGCUAUAUAUUAUUUCUUUACGGCGUUCAGAGCAAAGCAACCAUGGUCCGACUGCGAAAAUUCAUGGAACACAUUGGCAUGCUGGUUACCUACUUACAGUGGCAUCGAUAAUAGAACAAGACCAAACGCUUCAAGAACUCCAGCCGAAGAAUUUUUCGACAACAAAGUACUCCAAAUUAGUAAUGGAAUCGAAGAAUCAGGGCCAUUAAGAUGGGAACUGAUUGCUUGUCUGAUCACCGCUUGGAUCAUGGUAUAUUUCUCCGUUUGGAAGUCCAUCAAAUCAUCGGCACAAGUGAGAUACCUGACCGCAACUCUGCCAUUUCUUUUAAUCGUCGUCUUCCUCAUGCGGUCCCUUACGCUUGAAGGUGCUGACAAGGGUCUGCAAUUUUUCUUCCACCCUCGUUGGGAACUGCUCGCCGACGCGAAGGUCUGGAUCUAUGCAACCGCUCAAAUUUUCAAUUCCGUGGGCAUAGCGUUUGGUUCGAUGAUAUGUUUCGCGAGUUACAACAAAUUCCAUAACACCAUCCUAAUAGACACUAUGGCUGUUUCACUCAUAAACGGUUUUAGCAGCUUACUUGUUGGAAUAUUUUCAUUUGCUACUAUCGGCAACAUUGCUCUCGAACAAAAUAUGUCUGUCGAAGAUGUUUUAACAGAUGGACCUGGCCUCGUAUUCGUUCUUUACCCGCAAGCGUUAGCCAAGAUGCCAGCAUCGCAAGUGUGGGCCGUGUUAUUUUUCUUUAUGCUAGUCUGCCUUUCUUUGAAUAGUCAGUUUGCAAUAGUGGAAGUUGUUGUAACAUCGAUACAAGAUGGCUUCCCGAAAUGGGUAAAACGUCAUUUAACAUGUCAUGAAAUGUUAGUACUUUUAAUAUGUGUUAUAUCAUUUUUGUUUGGCCUACCUAAUAUUUCACAGGGUGGGAUUUAUUUUUUCCAAUUGAUAGAUCAUUAUGCUGCCUCGAUAUCGAUAAUGUUUUUAGCCUUCUUUGAAGUAAUUGCGAUAUCUUGGUUUUAUGGCGUACGAAGAUUGUGCAAUAAUGUGAAAGAAAUGACAGGACGCGUACCAUCUUCGUAUUUUCGAUUUUGUUGGCUCAUCGCUGCACCUUUUCUUAUCAUGGCUGUGUGGGUAUUCAGUUUAAUUGAUUAUGAACCACCGACCUACCACAAUGGUGAGUACAAGUACCCGUGGUGGGCAGAGGCGAUCGGCUGGGGAAUAGCCUCUCUUUCGCUCAUUUGCAUUCCCGCUUUCGCUAUCUACGAGUUCAUCAGAGCCAACGGGAACACUUGUGCAGAGAAAUUACGGAACUCUAUUAAGCCGCAUUUCGAAGCGUGUAAAAUUUGCGGCCAAGAAUACUGUAACGAGUCCAUGCACAAUUUCGAAGAGGAUAUGAUUAAAGAACAACAGGACGCGAAUAGUCCCAUACAAUUGAGCAUCAGCCCCCCUCUGUCAAAAUCCCAGACGUAAAGCUAUAAAGUUAAUUCGAAAACACGGCUAUCUUUUAUAUAUAUAUAUAUAUGUUUUUGGAAACGAAGAUGGAGGAUUUAACC